UGCAACAAAAUACAUAAAAAAAAUCAAGGAAUAAUUACAAUUGCAUUUCAGAUGCCGGUGAAUUCUUGAUGAUUCUGGGGGAAAAAUUGUCUUCAUCAUUAGAGAAUCACGAAAAUAUCGCAAAACUGGCGGCUAAAUUGGGAAAUGGCUGCUGCCAGGAUUGCCUACAUCCUUCUCCUCGUGUUCUUGUCUCUAGGGUUCGGUCUACUUCACCGCUGGCACGUCUCAACGCUUUUCGAAAAUGACAGACAUUUCUCCCAUCUUUCGGAGAUGGAGAGGGAAAUGUCCUUUCGAACUGAAAUGGGAAUGUAUUACUAUUAUUAUAAACUGAUGAUUGAAGCCCCAAGUUGGCAAGAGGGUCUCGAUAGACUGAGGAGUGACAAUUUGUCACAGUUUCCUAAGGUCAUUAAUGCAGAUAGAACGUAUAAUUUAUUUCCAGAGAUCUACGCAGGAACGCUUUAUCGCUUUGCUGAAUCAUUGGGCCUCCUUGGAGAACCCCAAUGUUGGCAGACCGAAAGAGGAGAUGGGCUCUCCUCAGUGAUGAGCUGCCAAGGGCUAUCAGUGCCAUCGUAUUUUUAUAUAGCCAUUGUCUGGUCCCUAGCCAUGAUGACUGGAUCAGUGCUCUUCCUAUACGCUACCUACCUGAGUGGAUCAAUUUACGGGGGAUUGAUCGCUAUUCUAGCGUUCUUCUUCAAUCAUACUGAGUGCACUAGAGUCCAGUGGACACCACCACUCAGGGAGAGUUUUGCGUAUCCAUUAUUGCUCUUCCAGAUGUUCAGGGUUACCAUGUUUCUUGAUAAAUACUCAUUCAAGAAGAAGAAACUCACGUGGAGGAAUAUUCUGUGGGAUAAUCCUUAUACGGACAUAUUCAUAGUAACGAAGCUCUGCCUCUUCACCUGGCAAUUCUCCCAAUUCAUCUUUACGAUCCAAGUAAUAAUCCUGCUAAUUCUCCAAUGGCUGAGAAUAAUCCCACGCUACGUGACCCUCUACUUGCUCUUCCACCACAUCAUAGCCAUCGCCUUCACCUUCUACCAAGGACCAAUGGUCGUCAACUCCAUGUACACUUGCCUGGUAGUGGGUGCCACAUACGUCAAUCUGAUGAAUGCUCAUGUCGAGGGCCUCUGGAAUCCCUAUCUCCUACUGUUCUCCGAUGUCAUCGGAACGAUAGGCUCCGCCCGAUUCAUGAAAUCCGCGAUGAUUGAUUACGACGAUUAUCACCACAUCUACAAUCUCCUGAGAUCCAAAUUAUCAGGAUUCAGGGACUUUCACACAAUGCUGUACACCUGCUCCCCUGAAUUCGAUUUUCUGCCUUACGAGACUUACGAAAUUAUUGUUAAAACAUUUUUACUGCCAACAGCCAUUCUCGCUGGAUUUCUCGCUGUUUAUUAUUGGUACAGAAAUUUCAAAGCUAGGGGAUAUCCAGAGUGCAUUGAGCCGGGUACAGCAUACAAUGGACUGCAAACUGGGGCAUUUAUUGUCAUGGCAUUUUUAGUCAUGAGACUUAAAUUAUUUAUGACUCCCCAUUUGUGCAUUAUCGCUGGCAUGGUAGCCAGUCGCAAGUAUCUGGCUGUUGUUGGAAUCAAGAGGGAACGCCUUAGGCUCACCAUUUUUGUCACUCUUGUUGCCAUUAUGGCGUACCAUGGGGCACAACGGGUGCAGGAGGAACGACAGUUUUAUGGGGAAUACAGUAAUAUUGAACAGGAGCAGUUGUUUGAUUGGAUUAAUGCAAACACCCCGAAGAAUGCAGUUUUCGCUGGGAAAAUGUCGAUAAUGGCUAAUUUAUUGCUAUCCACAGAACGAGCAAUUGUCAACAAUCCAUAUUAUGAAAGUACGGAGAUGAGGGACAGGACAUUGAAAGUCUACGAGAUAUACAGUAGGAAAGACGCAGCAGCUGUCUAUGAGACACUUAGGAAAAUGCAGGUUGAUUAUUUAAUACUCGAUGAGGGGAACUGCUAUGGCCUUGGGGCUGGGAAAUCUGGCUGUCGAAUGGUGGACCUCUGGGACAUCUCGGACAAUGGUCGAGCCAAACGACUCGGAAAACGUCCUCUCUGUCCCAUUUUGUACAGCGGAAAUGCCCAUCCUUUCCGGAGAGUAUUCGCUAACAAUCAUUAUGUUGUACUAAGACUGGACUAUUCUACUUACGUUGAAUUAAAGCCUAAAACUCCUAUUUUGAUGCAGUCGUGAAGAAUGAAGGAACAAAACACGGAUGAAAUAAUUAUAGAAAAAUCUAGCGAAUUCGCUGGACAAUUCGAUUGGAUUUCUAUACAACUUAUUCUGUUCAG